AUGAGCACAGGUGGUUUCCUCAACAAUGAAGUUGAGAACAUUGCUCCCAACCCGGCGAAGCACUCAGAUGCAGGGGCAGCUGGGCAAGUAUUUUCAGCCUGUGCAAGCAUCGACUUUAUCGCGCUCAUCGAUCAGACCUCCCUCGCAGCAUCUCUGUCAACGGUGUUUUCCGCGCUUCGAGUAGGGACUCAAGCAUCCUGGAUUGCGGGUGGAUAUUUCACCACAUCUACAUCACUCCAACUCGCUUACGGCCGUUUCCCCGACGUCCGGUCUACGAAAUAUGUGCUUCUCGCCCUGCUGCUCAUAUUACUCCCGGGAUCGCUGGCCUCCUCGCUCUCUCAAACUGCAAUCCAACUCAUUAUGAUUCGCGCCCAUCGCUGGCAUUUUGGGAGCGGCUGUCGCCCUUGCUAUGGUGUUAAUCGUUUGAUUGGAGGCACCCUGGCAAGUUCGUCCAAGGAGGGCUGGAGGUGGAUAUUCCGGCUCAAGGAGGAUAUCGUUACAGUGGACUUUUUCAGGUGCUUCCUCACACUUUAUGGGUCCGUUCUCUUCAUGCUUGGCCUUACUUGGGCCGAGGAAGUUCACCCCUGGAACUCGGUCGCUGUCAUACUACCGAUCGUGCUGGGCUUUUGUACCUCAUACCCGCUAAUUCCACUGUACAUAUUCCAGCAGGAGAUGUUCAACGGUGUGUGCAUCACCAUGUUCAUCAAUGGCUGGAAUUUUGUCGUUCAGAUGUAUUAUAUCCCAACCUUCUAUCACCUGGCAUAUGGCUAUUCAACAGUCCUUGCUGCGUCACUCCUCCCUCCCCUGACAUUAAUGCAAACGCUCUCGUCUACCGUCUUCGGGCUCAUUGUCACUUGGCGAGGACGCUACCGGGAGAGCAUCUCAAUAGGAUGGGUUGUCUGGGCUGUCGGUCUGGGCCUGUGCAGUACGCUGGAUCAGGAGAGCGGGCUCAAAAAACAAAUUGGCUGGGCCAUCUUGACCGGUUUUGGCGUGGGCCAGACUCUGCAUCCCAGCCUUAUAGCCAUUCAAGCUGGCUUUAACAAGCAAAACAUGGCCGUCGUCACGGGGACGAGGAAUUUCGUGCGUAAACUCGGCAGCACUCUCGGGCUGACGGUCACGGGGACCAUUAUUAACAACGUUGUCAGGUCUGGGCUGGCUUCCACAGAACCUGAUCUUUCAGAGCAUCGAAUCGCAUCGUUAUUGAGAGACCCAACGUCGGUAGCCAGCCUUGGUCAAGGGGACGAGGUGAAGCGAGCCCUGCUUGAGGCCUAUCACGUUGGGUUUCAGCGAGUGUUCGACACUAUGGCUGCGUUUGCUGCGUUUUCUGGAUUGAUCGCAUUUGUUCUCAUGCCUCAGAUCGACCUCGACAAGAAGGAAGAGGAGGACCAAAAAUCAUGA